AUGUUUGAUGGCGGAAUACCGGAGCAAAUCCACCGGUUCAUAGCAUCUCCACCGCAACCUCCUCCGCUUCCGCCGCAUCAAGCGGCGGCGGAAAGAUCACUCCAUUUUCCUAUCCCAUACGCUUCCUAUAACACUAAUCAAUCCCAGCAUAUGUUGAGCAUAGAUAGCCGUAAGAUCAUUCACCAUGACAUCAAAGAUGGUAGUGCUACUACUGAGUGGAUGGGUCAAACGGAUCAUGAUGAUGAUAAUCAUCAUCACCAUCAAUGGUGUAGUGAUGAAGUCCUUGCCCUUCUUAGGUUCAGAUCUACGGUGGAGAAUUGGUUCCCUGAAUUCACUUGGGAGCACACCUCAAGAAAGUUGGCAGAAGUUGGGUUUAAGAGGAGUCCACAAGAAUGCAAAGAGAAAUUCGAAGAAGAAGAGAGAAGAUAUUUCAAUAGUAAUAACAACAACAACACUAAUGAUCAUCACAUCAGCAAUUACAACAACAAGGGAAAUUAUAGGAUAUUUAGUGAGGUUGAAGAGUUUUAUCAUCAGGGUGGUCAUGACGAUGAACAUGUCUCAUCAGAAGUUGGGGAAAACCAGAACAAGAGGAGCAAUUCAUUAGGGGGAAAAGGAAACAUUGAGGAAAGGGGGCAAGAUUUAUUGGAGGAGGACAAAAGAGAUCACCAGGAUCAGGGUCACGUAGAAGAAUCAUCAUUGGGGAAUAAAAUAGACUCCAUUGAUAAUGGUGGCAAAGUUGGAAACGUAGAAGAUGAUGAGAAGUCAUCGUCAUCAAGCUUGAUGAUGAUCACGAGAGACAAGAAGAAGAGGAACAGAAAGAAAAAGAAGGAGAGGUUUGGUGUGUUAAAAGGGUUUUGUGAAGGUCUUGUGAGGAACAUGAUAGCCCAACAAGAGGAGAUGCAUAAAAAGCUCCUAGAGGAUAUGGUGAAGAAGGAAGAAGAGAAGAUCGCAAGAGAGGAAGCUUGGAAGAACCAAGAGAUGGAGAGGCUUAACAAAGAGGUAGAGGUUAGAGCACAAGAACAAGCCAUGGCUAGUGAUAGAAACACCAACAUCAUCAAGUUCAUAUCCAAGUUCACAGACCAUGAUAGUGGGAAUUACAAGGUCCAAAGCUCAAGCCCUUCUCAAGACUCAUCUUCUUUAGCUCGAUCAUCACUAUUAUCUCAAACCCUAACUCCACAUAACCCUUUAAUUUCUCUACAACCCAAUGAAAAAACACUUAACCCCAUUUCGACUAAAACCCUAAAAACCAAAAACCAAAACCCAAAACCUCCAAAAAGUGAAGAAAAAAAUGAUCUUGGCAAGAGAUGGCCUAGGGAUGAGGUGUUGGCUCUUAUCAACAUUAGACGCAGUAUCAGUAACGUGAAUGAAGAUGAUCAUCAUAAAGAUGGGAUCUCGUUAUCAUCCUCAAAAGCUGUUCCUUUGUGGGAAAAAAUAUCCAAGAAAAUGUUGGAGGUUGGGUACAAGAGAAGUGCCAAGAGAUGCAAAGAGAAAUGGGAAAACAUCAACAAGUAUUUUAGGAAGACAAAAGAUGUCAACAAGAAGAGACCACUUGAUUCAAGGACUUGUCCUUAUUUUCACCAGCUUACAGCUUUGUACAGCCAACCUUCUACUGGGACCACCGCCACCGCCACCGCCACGUCAGCCGAAGAUCUGGAAAACCGACCCGAGGAAAACCGGGUUGGAUCCGGAGAUCCUGAUAUUCCUGCAGCCAUGCAUGUAGAUGCAGAUGGUGCCGGCGAAAAAGGCAAUGUUCAAUGUUCAGGCUUCGAUCUUCAGUUCUAA